CAAAAUUAUCCGCCACCUUGUUUACCAUUUCUCUUUCAUUUGGUUCUCUCUUCUCUGCGCUCAGAUCCUCUGAAGUAGAGAAGAGGGUCUAGGGUUUUCGUCUCAAAUUCGGAGCUUCGAAUUCGUUGCGUGAUUCAUCGAUUCGAAGCUUCGAAACAACAACCCACUGCCAAUUGGAACUUCCCUGUUUGAUUUUCUUCGCUCUGAAAGGGUUUUUGCUCUCUCGUGAAUGCGAGUGCAGGUUUGCUCUGUGAUAAGCUUUUCUUGCUUCUUCAUCAGUUUCUGAGGAACAAGGAAAACAGAGGAGUAACAAUAGAAUACACAAAUAUAUAAAUACAGAACAAUGGCGCAGAAAAAUCAGCUUAAAAAGGAUACUAAAGAGUUGGAGUUUUUCACUGAGUUGGAUGCCAAUAGAUACAAGGUUCUUGAGGUUAUAGGGAAGGGCAGUUACGGGGUUGUUUGUGCGGCAAUUGAUAGGCACACUGGGGAGAAGGUUGCCAUAAAGAGGAUACAUAAUGCCUUUGAGAAUAUCUCUGAUGCUAUUAGAAUCCUGCGUGAAAUCAAGUUGCUAAGGCUUUUAAGACACGCUGAUAUCGUUGAGAUUAAGAGAAUCGUGUUGCCACGUUCGAAGAGGGAAUUUAAGGAUAUUUAUGUAGUUUUUGAGCUCAUGGACUCUGAUCUUCAUCAAGUCAUCAAAGUUAAUAAUGACUUGACCGGCGAACACCAUCGGUUUUUUCUUUAUCAAAUGCUACGUGCCUUGAAGUAUAUGCAUACAGCUAAUGUGUAUCACAGAGAUCUUAAACCCAAGAAUAUACUGGCUAACGCAAACUGCAAACUUAAAGUUUGUGAUUUUGGACUGGCACGAGUUGCAUUCAAUGAUUCCCCGACAACAAUAUAUUGGACGGAUUAUGUUGCUACAAGGUGGUACAGAGCACCAGAACUGUGUGGAUUAUUCUUUUCUCAGUAUACACCUGCAAUUGAUAUAUGGAGCAUUGGAUGCAUUUUUGCCGAGGUGCUGAUUGGGAAGCCAUUGUUUCCUGGUAAAAGUGUUAUGCAUCAAUUAGAUUUGAUUACUGAUCUUCUUGGGACACCAUCACCUGAAACUAUCAUGGGAGUUCGACAUGAAAAUGCAAAGAAUUACUUGACGAGAAUGCGGAAGAAACCUCCUGUGUCAUUUGAACAUAAAUUUCCAAAUGCUGAUCCGUUGGCCCUUCGCCUUCUGCAAAGGCUUCUAGCAUUUGAUCCAAAGGAUCGGCCAACUGCUGAAGAGGCACUAGCUGAUCCUUACUUCAAGGGAUUGGCCAAAGUUGAGAGAGAACCUUCGUGUAAGCCGAUUUCACAAAUGGAAUUUGAAUUUGAGAGGAGACAGGUGACAAAGGAGGAUGUUAGAGAACUAAUAUAUCGGGAAAUGCUGGAAUAUCAUCCUCAACUGCUUAAAGACUACAUGAGUGGAGCUGAAUGUGCAAGCUUCAUCUAUCCUAGUGCAGUUGAUCAAUUCCGAAAGCAAUUUUCUGAUCUCGAGGAAAAUCAUGGUAAAAGUGGGCCAGUGCUUCCUUCUGAAAGAAAGCAUGCAUCCCUUCCAAGGUCAAUUGGUCACUCUACUACAAUUCCUCCCAGUACCUACUCAACCCUUGCUUUGUAUGGGAACAAGCAAAUUUUAGAAGAGGCAUCUAAGAGUUCGAGAGGGGCGGGACCAAAUUCUGGAAAUCAAUAUAGGGCCAUACAACAUCCGCCACGGGUGCCAGCAAAACCAGUGAGAGCUGUUGGGCCAGUUCUACACUACGAGGAUGAGAGAAACAAGAGAGUUUACCAAAAUUCUCCUAAAGCAGUUUUGACGCACUCUUUAUUUAGGUCUCAUACCCUAGACCCAAAGAGUACAUCAGAUUCAGGCAAGGACUUUUCACAAGGAAAGAACAAUAAUAACGUAAAUGAGCCUGUGGCAGGAGUUAUUGACGCAAAACUGCUGCAGGCGCAAUCUCAACUUGGAGCAGUUGAUGCUGCAGCCGUAGCUGUUACCACUCAUGGUCGCAGGUAUUCAAGAGGCGUGCAUUGUGGAUUGUCAUAGGCUUGGCCGGUCUUGAGAGUGAUUAUUGACUCUUAGAUGUAUUUAGGUUUCAUUUUUUUUUUCCAGAUCAUCAUCCUUGUAAUUACAUGUACAUCAUUUAAUUGAUUAAUAAAGAACAUGAUUUGUUCC